AUGAAUAAUCUUGCAACAGAGACUGCCACAUUGAGCGCUGAGUGUGACUGUCUUGGCGAAUACAAAUUACUGGUGUUUGUAUUCGCACCAGUACUGGUAUUAUUUAUGAUUAUCUGUGCAGAAACAGUGCGCAUGCACUACAGUUUCCGGAGGCAAACAGAAAAGAUGUUGGUGCAGGCUCACGAAAACCUGGAGUGGGCUUACGAGAAGCUGGAGCGGGCUCACGAGAAGCUGGAGUGGGCUCAUCGACGUAUGGUUGACAUAGACGGAAACCGAACAAGAAUUUCCCCACCCCUGCAAGGUUUGAAGUUAUAG